AUGUUGAAGGCGUUGGGCUCCCUGGCGGCUGCCCUCUGGGCCGCGCUCCGUCCCGGCAUUGUCCUGCUGGGGGCCGUCGUCUUUCUCCUCUUGGCUGAUUUCCUCAAAACGCGGCGUCCAAAGAACUACCCGCCGGGGCCCCCGCGCCUGCCUUUCGUAGGCAACUUCUUUCAGUUGGACUUUGAGAAGGGGCACCUGUCGCUUCAGCGGUUUGUGAAGAAAUACGGGAACCUUUUUAGCCUGGAAUUCGGUGACUUGCCUUCAGUUGUUAUAACUGGAUUGCCCUUAAUCAAAGAAGUCCUUGUCCACCAGGACCAAAACUUUGUGAGCCGCCCCAUAACCCCUAUUCGAGAACGUGUUUUUAAGAAAAAUGGCUUGAUCAUGUCCAAUGGCCACAUAUGGAAAGAGCAAAGAAGAUUCUCCCUGACAGCUCUGAGGAACUUUGGUUUAGGAAGGAAAAGCUUAGAGGAACAGAUACAGGAAGAAGCUGCCUACCUCAUCCAGACAAUAGGAGAGGAGAAUGGACAGCCUUUCAACCCUCAUUUCAAGAUCAACAGUGCUGUUUCCAAUAUUAUUUGCUCCAUCACCUUCGGGGAGCGGUUUGACCACCAGGAUGAUCAGUUCCAGGAGCUGCUGAGGCUGCUGGAUGCGGUCACCUACCUAGAGACAACAAUGUGGUGCCAGCUCUACAAUGUCUUUCCAAGGAUAAUGAAUUUCCUUCCAGGACCACACCAAAUGCUCUUCAGUAACUGGGGGAAACUGAAAAUGUUUGUUGCCCGUAUGAUUGAAAACCACAAGAGAGAUUGGAAUCCUACUGAAGCAAGAGACUUCAUUGAUGCUUACUUCCAGGAGACAGAAAAACAUAAGGGCAAUGCUGCUUCAAGUUUCCAUGAAGAAAACCUUAUCUACAGCACCCUGGACCUCUUCUUCGCUGGAACAGAGACAACUUCAACCACCUUGCGCUGGGGUCUGCUCUACAUGGCUCUGUACCCUGAAAUCCAAGGAAAAGUCCAAGCUGAAAUCGAUAAGGUGCUUGGCGAGUUACGACAACCGAGCAUGGCCGCGCGAGAGUCCAUGCCCUACACCAAUGCUGUCAUCCACGAGGUGCAGAGAAUGGGGAACAUUCUCCCUCUGAACGUGCCCAGGGAGGUGAUAGUGGACACCACCCUGGCUGGAUACCAUCUGCCCAAGGGCACCAUGGUGCUGACCAACCUGACUGCUCUGCACAGGGACCCUGCAGAGUGGGCCACGCCCGACACGUUCAAUCCGGAGCAUUUUCUGGAGAAUGGACAGUUUAAGAAAAGGGAAGCCUUUCUGCCUUUUUCAUUAGGAAAGAGGAUGUGCCUUGGAGAACAGUUGGCGAGAACUGAGUUGUUUAUUUUUUUUACCUCACUUCUGCAAAAAUUUACCUUCAGGCCUCCAGACAAUGAAGAGUUGAGCCUGAAGUUCAGAAUGGGCCUGACCCUGUCCCCAGUCAGCCAUCGCCUCUGUGCUGUUCCUCGGGCCUGA